AUGGCUCCUAAACCACCACCGCCUCUGCCUGUUGCAGACAACUACGCCUCCCUCACAAACCGUAUUUCCCUCUCUAUCGCCUCGAGAUCGUCCAUUCUCAAGACCAUGAACCAAAACAAUCCUGCGCCGGUAAAGCGCCGCGCCAUUCCAGACGACAACGACGAAGAUCUCACUCGCGGUACACAACCGAAUACUGGAGUCGGCUACGUGCCUGAGAAGAAAGACGUGCAGAAACACGCCAACUCUAAGGAAGAGAGGUUCCUGAGGGGUAGAGUCGGUAAGGGUGCUACGGGUAAGGCGAAGAAAAAGGUCGAGGAGAGCGAGAGCGAAGAGGAGGUUGGAAGGAGUGCACUAGGAAAGAGAAAGAGGUUGCGAAAGGAGGUUGCUGGACCUGAGCCUGAGCCUGAGAACCAAGCGUUGCCUACAACGACGGGCGAGAGAAAGGAGAACAACACAGGCGAAGCUCAGGCUGAAGCAGAUAUUGAGAUGAAGAAUGGUACAACCAAGGAAGAGAGCACAAGUCUUGAGGGAGUGGCAGCCAACAAGUGCAAGAGUAAAAACAAGAAGAAGAAGAAGCAGAAAACUGAGAAUGCAAAGGCAGAGGAGCCUGUAUGA